AUGAAACAGUCACCGGACGGAAUUGAUCCGGACUCAGGUGUAUCGCAGCGCCAUUUGAAUCACCCGGCUCACAAGUAUACACUCUCGCCGAAAUUCCGGGCGAACGGCGGGGAGCGCAUCGCGCUUCUAGCCAUAAUCGUGCACAUCCUAGGCGUAAUCUACGCCAUCUUGUUCGUGAGGGCGCGCACACCCACAGCGACCGCCUGGAUCAGCGGAUACUACGGCCUCUUCCACCGGCACAAGGAUGUCGUAAUCAGCCCUUACGGCACGUGGAGCGGCCGACACAGCGGCGCGGUUGCGGCGUCUCUCGACGAUGCGAGGCCAUACGCGGAGCUGCUUGACGAUGUGUCGACAGCGGCCGUCGAAAAGUACCUCGACAUCACUGCGCAGCGCAGGCGCAGCAUGAAUAGAGGCGACAGCUGUAUCGCAACUAAGUACCUGGAGGAGCGGCUGCGCAACGUCAUCAACGGCGUGAGCAACGAUGGUAUCACGGAGAAGUUCGACUUAGACAGGUUCCACAGCUUCACGUACAUCAUGAGCGAUGAGGAGCUGGUGGAGCAGGUUGUGAAAGCGGUGACGCGCUUCGACGCCCACGGGGCGGAAAUGCAUCUGUUCGGAGAGCCUUUGGCCGUGAAGGACAACAUCGCAAUGCGCAGCGUGCCAUUCACAAACGGUUCGCCGCUCCUGACCGGCUACAAGCCCUCAUACUCCGCGUCUGCCGUAGAGCUGUUGCAGGAUCACGGCGCAAUAGUCAUUGGCAAGACGACGAUGGACGAGUUUGGAGUUGGUUCGGCGACACGCGCUGCACUUAAUCCCUACUCCAAGGACCGCCUGCCGGGAGGAUCAUCAGGGGGCUCCGCAAACGCCGUUGGCGGCGGCCUUAUAGAGCUCGCGCUCGGAACUGACACAGGGGGCUCUGUGGUUGUGCCCGCAGGCUACUGCGGUUGCGUGGGAUACCGACCGUCGUAUGGGCUGCUAAACAGGUUCGGCAUGAGCGAACUCGCUGCCAAGCUGGAUACCAUCGGCGUGUGCUCACGAACCGUUAGGGACGCUGCUAGGCUUAUAUCUGCCAUGAUUGAGCCUGGCGCUGAAAUGACCACUUACAAAGACGACACAGAGCAGGUGCUUCAUAGCAUUAAGGCGAUGCUUGCUCGCGAAAUAGGCGACGAUAUCGAUUUGCCUUUGAAAGGGAUACGCGUAGCAUCUCUGGACACGGAAGCACUAAUGAACGAUGACUUGCUGGAUGAUGACGUAGCGGCCAACAUGCGUGAGGUGGAGGAGGCUCUUAGAGGGCUAGGAGCCGAGGUCACAUCAGUGCCGCCGCUGCCACUGAGACUAGCGACUGAGUCUUAUCAUGCUUACGUCGCGGCGCAGAUGGCGAGCAACCUGCAACGCUUUGGCGACCUGCUCUACCACCCCGGAGGGCACCAUAUGUCUUUAAAUGACAUGACUGAUCAGAUGAGCGCUAACACGAUGAACCGCUUCCUUGCAGGUAUCUCUAUGGUGCGGGACGGACACGACCAUGAGGCUGUGCUGAAGCGGGCCAGGGAGGCCCUCGUCGCAUGGUUGGAGCAGAAUGCAAUUUUCGAAGACAUUCCGCUGAUUCUAUCCCCUACCAGCGCGCGUCUACCUCCGCAUAAAGACCCGGCAAAAAACAAAUCGCACGAUCUUCUGAGGUCGCAGGAUGACCUCUACGCGACCUUCGCGCCUUUCAUAGGCGCUUGCGCCGUGUCCUUCCCGACCGGCAUGAGCGUCGAGGGCGUGCCUCACAGCGCACAGCUGGUCGCGAAGCGGUUUGAUGACGCAUUGUUGCUGGAAGUGGCUGCAAUGUACGAGAAACGUGCCAGCCCAUUCAAAAAUGCAGCAUCUAUGGCGUAG